AUGCUGCUGCUGCUGCUGCUGCUGGGACUCUGCUGCGAGCUGCCCAGCGCAGGUGCACUGAAUGAGCAGAAGGCAGGGGACAGUCAGCUUGUGAAUCUCAUCUCCUGCAUGGUCUCAUCUCCUCAUCCCUCGGGCUUCAAGAUUGUGUUUGCUAGCUGGUAUUGGAAGAGUCACGGUAGCAAUUUCAGGGGUUUUAAGGCAUGCUGCCAAGAGCUAUCAUCGUGCCUUGGAUCUGAAACCUACACUUCUUUGAAGCAUCUGGUGACAGAGGAUGCCUCACUGCAGCUGCUUGUGGUCCAACUGCAGGAUACACAAUACUGCUAUCAGAUGGUAAACACUUCUUCAAACUCUCAAGAAAGCAUUCUGCUAGAGUUUUUAGCAGCUCAGGCCAACAGCACUGGGAAGCCGCAUGAAAACAUCAUGGUCACCUGCACGCCGAGUUGCUUCUCUCCCCAGAACACGUUCAGUGUCAACUGCACCUUGAAGCGAAAGCCCUCAGAGAAGGACAACAGGACUGUGUGCCAGUGUCGGGACAUAAAGCCCUCUGCCUUACUCCCCUGCCAGGCGGGGAACAGCGCCCCCACUGGGCCAGAAUCUGUGGGCCUAACAAUUGCCAUGUCGGUGAUUGGUUCUGUUCUGGCCAUUGUUAUAGCAGCUUUUGUUAUAUAUUGGCUGAGGUCAAGACACCGACAGAGAAAACCACAGCAAAGUGUUCAUUCAGAGAACUACAAGUAUCUUUCUCCUACCGGAUCUGUGGUUUCUUGCAGUGAUGUCCCCAUGCCUCCUACUCCGUGAUCCUGUCCUGCGCCAGGAAACUCAGUCAUGGGCUGCCCUUUGCCCCAUGCCGUCAUCAGGCGACUUGCUCAAGGUUGCUUAUGGUACCUGGGCUUGAACUCAGGGCCUUGUACACCACACAUUAAGGUGCAUAACUACUUGCACCGUGUCCCUAGCUUUAAACACUAGUUAUUGUUAUAUGAUACAAGGGGUCAUACACACAAAAAAUAUUUUGUUUUACAAAAUAUUUUUUACAAAUUUUUUACCAAAUAUAUAUGUAUAUAUGUGUGUGUGCAUAUAUAUAUAUAUAUAUAUAUAUAUAUAUUUACAAAAAAUUGUUUUGUAUGGCGCCAGGGAUCCUCACACAUGCAAGGAUCCUAGCAGUGCUUAGGGACCAUAUUGGUGGCUGCAUACAAGACAAGUGCCUUACUCACUGUGCCCAUCUCUCAGCCCUUUGCAAUACUUACAAUAUCUUCUUCAUAGAAACAGCCCAAGUUUCUAAGGACACAUGGCUGGAUAAAGAAGUUGUGGUAAAUAUUCACCAUGGAGUACUACUCCACUAAGAAGAUGAUUUCUUGCCCUGGAGAGAGCAUGAAAUGGGAUGAACACGUGCUUUGUAUGUGGGGAGCCCAGGGUUCAUCCAUAGCUCUGCCUGGUCCCCUGAGGACUGCCAGGAGCAACUGCCAAGCACUGAACUGGGAGUAGCCCCACACACCACUAAGUGUGGCCCCAAAAACAAACAGCAAAAAGAAAGGAAGAAAAGAUGAAUUGUCACCCCUUCUGAUACCACAGAUGGAGAGUGUUACACUAAGCAAAAUAACUCAGAGAUGAAGAUAAAUGCCAGAUACUCAUAGAUUUCUUAGGAUAUAAGGAGCAAAGCAAGAGAUCAGACCAAACCAAUCUCAGGUUUCCAGAGUAUAAGAGCACAAAAGAAUUGGAGGAGGUGUUGGGGUGCGGUGGGUUCUAGUUCACAGUGGUAAAGUCGUCAGCCCUUUGGAGGAGAAUAGGGCACGACAGCUCUCAAAGAUGUAUAAUUGUAUACUUGAAACCUAUCCUGGUACCAACCAGUGUUCCAUCAGUUUACAAACAGAACAGCCCUGGGGGCUGGGGUGUAGCUCGCCUGCAAGUGCUCACCCUUGGCAUGGCAAAGACCCUGGGUUGGAUCCUGGGUACCACAUCCUUUCUGCCCCACCCCCAGUGCUCUUAAGCACUUUCUGCUCUAGACACGGAACACUGGGAAGUGCCAAAUCCCCCCCCAAUAUUUAUGUGUUUGCUUAACCCCUAAUAUUUGUGUGUUUCAUCCCCCAAUAUUUGUGUGUGUGUUUGAUCCCCCUACUAUUUGUGUUUGUUUACUCCCACCCCCAAUAUUUAUGAGUUUCUGUAUUUAAAGCAGUGAUACAACUCUCCACAAAGAUGUUUUAUUUAUUGUUUUUCUGGGAGCCAUACCUGGCAAUGCUCAGGACUCCGGACUCUGUGCUCAGAGAUCACUCCUCGCAGGCUCAGGGGACCAUAUGUGUGCUGGGAUUGAACCCAGACAGGUCUGCGGUGUGCAGGGCAAGCGGCGUCCCCGCUGUCCUGUCCGCCCAGCCCCACGGAGGCUGAGUUCUGACCAGGUGCGACAGCGUCAAUACUCUGCCACCCGGACCAGCACCAGCCGCUUAGGGGCUCCUGCUCCAUUCGGUCCUUCCGGAUGUUACCUGGCAUCAGGGCCUGCAGCCUCUCCCCGACGUCCUCUCCCCUCGAUCCUGAGCACCGGUGCCCAUCUCUCUUGGACACUGCUCUGCAGCCUCACGUGAAGACCAGCGAGUGCUCCCAGCAUGGGCGCCUGACUUUCUCAGGAAGCCGGACUCAGCCGUUCCUGUACAGUACCUCCAGGCCCCGCACAGAGGCAGUGAGUCGCUGACUUCACUGAGUCAGUGACUUGAGUAGAGAAGUUCCAGCUCCCUUCCCAUCCCCCAGCUUGUUCAGGAGAAGAAAGCAAUGCUUUUAUAUAACCUUUAUAAUGGCUGUAGUAAAUGUAAAUAAAAGUAAACUACAUUUCAGA